AUGUUCGAGCACGUCCUCACGGAUUUGCAUGCGGACAACCCAAACAGAGAACGAACCCAGGGACCCUCUUCGUCAGCGGAGUGGGAAGAGCCGGAGCCUCCAGAUUUCUCGCGCGACACCGUGGAUUACUCUGCGUUUGAGAGCAAGAAGCGGGAGCGGAUCAUGCGCCGGUUGAUUGUUCCUGAUGUCCCGAUCACCGGUUACCCAGGUGGGCUUGAAGAGCGCCGAAAUAUUGUGCAACUCAGGGGGAAGACUCUUCAGGUCAUACAUGACGUGUAUGAGAUUUGCAUCGAGAAUAUUACCCGCAACUCGAUUGAAUUUCGCAUGGCUGUUAAGACACCGCCUGCAUUUCUCAGGAGCGGCGACCGGGAGGGUUUACAGGCAAGAAAACCUUGUCACCAGUAUAUUGGCGCUGUCCCAAUUCACCAAGGACUAUGCAUCGCAUAUCCUAAUAUUUAUCAAUAUCACAUCACACCAUUCUCAUUGGUCGAUCCGUCAAAGGAGGGGCACCAACGCAUCAUUGGGCUGUACUUGGUUGAUCCAAGCAUUGCACCGCUGGCGUCCACGCAGAGAGUCCCACCCCAACAGAAGGCGUGGACGAGGUUAGGUCUUGAAAAGGGGACUCGUGGAAUCUUUGCAGUGGAGCUCAUUGAUAAAGUGCUUGAUGAGGUGGACGGAGUCAUGGAUAUGGAUGAAGCAGUGAAAUAUAGGGAAAGGAUGGUAAAAGAACGAACUAGAUUGUCGGUGCUGAAUGAUGUUCAGCGCUUCAACAUCCAAUGCAACAGCUGA